AUGGAUAUCUCGCUGGAGAUUGUUAAUGUAGGGUUUUUCAUAGUGUUAUUGACGUGGGUUUUGCUAGAUAUUAUGAGACGAAGAAGAGAUGGCAGCAGUUUGAUACAUAGAGCAGACAGAGGAUGUGAAGUUUUUGCUUUGGUCACCAUUUUUUCAAACGCCUUAAUCUCAAUUUUCUACCUUGGUUUUGGCGUUUAUGAGUAUUGGGGUGGUGGUAGAAAUGUAAGUUGUAAAUCAAUCUUCUCUGGCAUGACUUGGAUUUUAGCCACCGUAGUUACACUCUACGCCAAGAACAGAAGUCAUAGUGAGCAGAAUAGGUGGCCUUGGGUCCUCAUUAUUUGGUGGAUCUUUGCUUGCAGUUUUUACUUGCUUUAUGCGUGCCUUUACCUCAUCACUCACUUCAUAUCCAUAGAUUUGCCACAUAUUCUUCUGAAGGCUAACAUAGUCGAUUUCGCUUCUAUUCCUUUGUCAAUACUCCUUUGCUUCAAUGCUUUUAGCUAUGAUGCGCAGAAAAAAAAUGACCUUAAGCAACCAUUACUUGAGAAGGAAGAUGAAGCUCCACCCGAAGACACUGAUACUUACGCGAAUGCUGGAAUUUGGAGCAAGGCUACAUUUCAAUGGCUGAACCCACUUUUCAGAAGGGGUCGAAUCCAGAAACUAGAAUUACCUCAUAUACCAUAUGUUCCUCCCUCAGAAAGAACAAAAAAUGCUUCCUCUGUGCUUGACGAAUCACUUAGGAAACAGAAGAUGGAAGACUCUUCAUUGUCGAAAGCCAUAAUGCGGGCUAUAGGAAAAUCAUUAGCGAUAAAUGCUGUUUUUGCAGGAGUCAAUACGGCUUCAUCAUAUGUUGGUCCAUUCCUAAUUACAAAUUUUGUAAAUUAUUUACUUGAAAAACAUGACAAUUCAAGCAUCCACCAUGGACUGAUUCUUGCGUUCACAUUCUUCAUUGCUAAGACAUUGGAAUCAUUGAGUCAGAGACAGUGGUACUUUGGUGCUCAAGUAAUUGGUGUACGAGUACGAGCAGCUCUCACAUUGUUGAUUUACCAGAAAUCUAUCUCCAUCAAGUAUUCUUGUCCAAGUAAUGGUAAAAUUGUUAAUUUAAUCAAUGUGGAUGUAGAAAGAAUUGGAGACUUCUGCUGGUACAUUCAUGGUGUUUGGUUGCUCCCGGUUCAGGUGUUUUUGGCCUUGGCUAUCCUAUACAGGAAUCUUGGUGCGGCCCCCUCUGCUGCUGCUCUUCUUUCCACAAUUUUGAUCAUGGUAUGCAACACACCUUUGGCCAAAAUGCAAAAACGGCUUCACUCCAAGAUCAUGGAAGAGAAGGAUUCAAGAAUCAAGUUAACAUCAGAGAUUCUGAAGAACAUCAGAGUUUUAAAGUUGCACUCAUGGGAGCCUACAUUCUUGAAGAAGCUGCUUCAACACAGGGAAACUGAGAGGAAUUGGCUGAAGAGAUACCUUUAUACAAGCUCAGCAGUGGUCUUUCUCUUCUGGGCUUCACCAACUCUAGUCUCAGUUACCACUUUUGGUGUAUGCAUAAUACUAAACACACCCUUAACAAUAGGUACGGUAUUGUCUGCUUUAGCUACGUUCAGAAUUCUAGGAGAGCCUAUCUACAACUUCCCAGAGCUCAUUUCCAUGAUUACUCAGACAAAGGUAUCCAUUGAUCGUAUCCAAGAGUUUGUUAAAGAAGAUCAAAUGAAGCUGAUACCUUGCCAUGAUUCAAAAGUAUCAAAUGUCACGGUUGUUCUUGAGCCAGGAGAGUAUGCAUGGAAAACAAGUGAGCAAGACUUAAAGACACCUACAAUUAAAAUAACGGAGAAGAUAAAGAUUAUGAAAGGGUCCAAGGUUGCAGUUUGUGGCUCUGUUGGUUCUGGCAAGUCAAGCCUACUACUCAGUAUACUUGGUGAGAUUCCCAAAAUUUCUGGGGCAGGAGCAAAGGUUUAUGGAACAAAAGCUUAUGUUUCACAAAGUGCUUGGAUUCAAACUGGAACAAUAAGGGAGAAUGUGUUGUUUGGCAAGGAAAUGAAUAGGGGCUGUUAUGAGGAUGUUUUGGAAAUUUGUGCUUUGGACCAUGAUGUCAAUACGUGGGCAGAUGGGGAUUUGACUGUAGUGGGGGAGAGAGGGAUGACUCUAAGUGGGGGAGAAAAGCAAAGAGUACAACUUGCGAGAGCUGUCUACAGUGAUUCAGAUGUUUAUAUUUUCGACGAUCCUUUCAGUGCUAAAUGUCUCUUGCAACACUUGUCCAUGAAGACUGUCAUCUAUGCUACCCACCAAUUAGAAUUCUUAGAAGCAGCAGACCUUGUCUUGGUAAUUAAAGAUGGCGAAAUUGCUGAGUCUGGAAAAUAUGAGGAUUUGAUUGCAGAUCCCAACGGUGAACUUGUCAGACAAAUGUAUGCACAUAAAAAAUCAUUUGACCAAGUUAACACAUGCCAAAAAGAUAACCGAAGACCUCAUCAAGUUAACCUAAUAAAGGUUUCAGAAGAAAAAGAGGCUAUCAACAAUGGGAAACUUUCAGAAAAAAGUCAUGAAGAAGAAGCAGAAACUGGUCGAGUGAAAUGGCGUGUUUACUCAACCUUCGUAACUUCUGCUUAUAGAGGUGCUCUUGUCCCAGUCAUUCUUGUCUGUCAAGUCCUCUUCCAGGGACUACAAAUGGGCAGCAAUUACUGGAUUGCUUGGGGAACAGAGAAAGAAGACAGGGUCAGCAAAGAGAGGUUGAUGUGGGUGUUCGCUCUGUUAUCUGCUGGGAGUUCCAUCUUCAUUUUGGGAAGGGCAGUUUUUCUGGCAACUAUUGCUCUUCAGACUGCUCAGCGUCUCUUCCUUGGAAUGAUUACUUCAGUUUUCCGAGCACCAAUUUCAUUUUUCGACUCCACACCUUCUAGUCGAAUCCUUAGUAGGUGUUCUACGGAUCAAAGCACAGUAGACACGGACAUUCCGUAUAGAUUAGCUGGAUUGGUAUUUGCCCUCAUCCAGCUAAUAAGCAUCAUCAUCCUUAUGUCUCAAGUGGCCUGGCAAGUCUUCAUUCUUUGCCUUGGCGUUCUUGCACUCUCCAUGUGGUAUCAAGCUUACUACAUUACCACUGCCAGAGAACUCGCCAGGAUGGUUGGAAUUCGAAAGGCUCCAAUUCUACAUCACUUUUCAGAAUCAAUCGCAGGUGCAGGAACAGUUCGUUGUUUCAAUCAAGAAGACCGUUUUAUGAUGAAAACAAUGGACCUGAUUGAUGAUUAUUCCCGCAUAGUCUUUCACAAUUAUGGCACGAUGGAAUGGCUGUCUGUUCGGACCAAUUUUCUGUUCAACCUUGUUUACUUCAUUGUUCUUAUCAUCUUGGUCAGCAUGCCUAGGUCUGCCAUUGAUCCUAGUUUGGCAGGUUUGGCUGCUACCUAUGGUUUGAACCUAAAUGUCCUGCAAGCUUGGGUGAUAUGGAAUAUGUGUAAUGUAGAAAACAAAAUGAUAUCAGUGGAGAGAAUUCUUCAGUUCACAAAGAUACCAAUUGAAGCACCACUAGUGAUUGAAGACAGUAGACCAGUUCCUGAAUGGCCAAUGGCAGGAAAAAUUGAAAUCGAGAACCUUAGUGUGCAAUAUAAUCCAGCUCUCCCAACUGUUCUCAAAGGGAUCACUUGCACCUUCCCUGGAGGGAAGAAAAUAGGAGUCGUAGGCAGGACAGGGAGUGGAAAGUCCACUUUGAUCCAAGCGCUCUUCAGGAUAGUGAAACCCUCAGGAGGGCAGAUUCUUGUUGAUGGUGUUGAUAUUUCUAAGAUAGGUCUGCAGGACUUAAGGUCAAGGUUGAGCAUUAUUCCACAAGACCCAACUUUAUUUCAAGGAACCAUGAGGACCAAUCUGGAUCCUUUGCAACAACAUUCUGAUCAAGAACUCUGGGAGGUUCUGAAUCAAUGUCGACUGGCGGAGAUCAUUAGGCAGGACCAAAGGCUUCUUGAUACACCAGUUGCUGAAGAUGGAGAAAACUGGAGUGUUGGACAGAGGCAGCUUGUUUGCCUGGCCCGAGUGCUUUUAAAGAAAAGGAAAAUUCUCGUCUUGGAUGAGGCUACCGCUUCUAUUGAUACAGCAACAGAUAUUCUAAUUCAGCAGACAAUAAGAAAAGAAACGAGUGGAUGCACUGUGAUCACUGUGGCUCACCGGAUUCCUACGGUUAUCGACAAUGACCUGGUUUUAGUUCUUGAUGAAGGCAGGGUUUUAGAGUAUGAUUCUCCAGCUCGGUUACUUGAGGAUAGUUCUUCUGCAUUCUCCAAAUUGGUUGCGGAAUUUUUGAGGAGAUCUUCCAUGAACAAGGGGCUAUAG